CUCAUGGCGGAGAUGGAGAAUAUAGUAAUUGCGGUGGAGAUGGGAGAAGCGAAUGGUGGCACUGGUUAUUAUGGGAGAAUUCCUCAAAGCUUUUCACUGCAAUUAAUGGAGGAAGAGGAGGUGACGGUGGUAAUAGAGUUAAGAAUGUGAUAACAGAGAAUAAUACCUUAUCCGUGGAUGAUACUGACACAGGAUUGUUAUUUUCUAUCCUUUCUAUUUCUAAUUAUUCAUUAUUUGCUCCAGUUUUACUCGUUUUGGAAAGGGCUCAACUGUUUCAUUAUCUUGAUCUUGAUUUGCAAACUUUAAAUUGUCACAUAAUGCCACAGUUUUGCCCUUAG